GAUUAGACCACCCUCCCUCCCUCAGCUAGAAGAGCAGCCCUGUUGCCUGUUCAUAUCACCAUCUCCUUCCUACAGCUCUACCCAUGGCUAACGACGAAUAUGAUUUCCUAUUUAAGGUGGUGCUUAUCGGAGACUCUGGAGUCGGCAAGUCUAAUCUGCUGAGCCGAUUCACGCGCAAUGAAUUCAACCUCGAUUCCAAGUCCACCAUUGGCGUAGAGUUCGCUACUCGGUCUAUCCAAGUCGACUCGAAAACCAUCAAGUCUCAGAUUUGGGAUACUGCUGGACAGGAAAGAUACCGCGCUAUAACCUCAGCUUACUAUCGUGGCGCUGUUGGCGCGCUCCUCGUUUACGACGUCAGCAAGCACCAGACUUACGAGAACGUUACUCGAUGGUUGAAGGAACUACGGGAUCACGCCGACUCGAACAUCGUCAUCAUGUUGGUCGGAAACAAGAGUGAUCUUAGACAUUUGCGGGCUGUGCCGACUGAGGAGGCCAAGCAGUUUGCGAGUGAAAACAACUUGUCUUUCAUUGAGACCUCUGCCUUGGACGCAAGCAAUGUCGAGCUUGCUUUCCAAAAUAUCCUCACUGAAAUCUUCCGCAUCGUAUCAAGUAAAGCCCUUGAGAGUGGCGAUUCUUCCGCAAACCAGCUCGGCGACCGCAAAGUCGUGGAAAUCACCAAAACCCCAGACUCCGAGAAGAAGCCAGGGUGCUGUUGAUUGAUCGAAUCCUAUCCUAUUUCUACGUGUUCACGUUGGAUGUCAUUUAAUGUGCAAAAGCAACUAUGAAGGGUACUGGUGGCUGGAGCUUCAUAUCCUGGUUUUCUUUUGUCCGCGUUUACAUUUCUGUUAUUACAUCUUCCUCCACACCCCCCUUUACUUCCAGUCCCUUCUCAUCCGGCCUAGGAUUAUGAUCGGUUUCCAUUCUUUUUC